AUGCGUCGCAGUAAGCGCAGUUUUUUUAAUGUGACUCUGAUUGUGACCACUGCGGCGCAGUUACGCGCAGUUGCGCCGCAAAAUGACCACUGCGCGCAAAUGCGACGCAGUCCUAGAAAAAGAGGCGACAUGGGUACAAAUGAUCCAUUAGAAGGUAAAAUGCGAAAUGGUGAUACUGUUAGUGUAUUCAAUGGAAUUGAUCAAUAUUUUACAAUUGAAGAAAAUGAUUAUUUAGAAAUUGUUCGUACGGGUAUUUUAACAAUUGUUGCUUGGUUUCGUCCAGAUACUUUACAAUUUGAACAUAGUACAGGAAGUGGAUAUGUUUGGUGGGUGGGCAAAGGUAAAAGAAAACAACAAAAUUGGUCGGCAAGAAUCUAUAAUUAUUUCAAUAAAGAAAAUCGUCCGAAUAGAAUAAGUGGUUAUGUUUUUAAUUUAAAUGGUGGAUUAGGUGCUGGAAGUUAUUUUCAAGAUCAAAUUAAGAUUGGACAAUGGAUUUUCUAUACACUUGUUAUUAAUACAAUUAACGUUACGGAUGAUUAUCCAACUGGUUAUACAAAAAUUUUUAAAAAUGGUAUACAAAGGGAUCAAGAUGCUUUGAUUGAUUAUAAAGUUGUACCUGAAAAAGGAACAGCGCCUAUGCGUAUUGGUACAAGAGAUAGAAAAUCAUUUUUUAAAGGAGCUAUUGGAAAAGUUGCACUUUUUGAUUAUGAAUUAAAUUCACCACAAUUAUUAAAUUUUAACAGUGAUUAUUGA